ACCUCAUUAUAUUCCAUCACAACCUUAAUCAGUACUGCCAAAAAUGGAGAAUAAUAAUAAUGUCUUCAUUGGAAACAAAACACCCAUUAUGGCUGUUCUCAUGAUAAUGUCCAUCACACUUGCAGCCAACAUUUUCCAUGGAGAUUGCUACAGUCUGUGCAACAUGAGCGAUGAUGGGCUGCAGGCAUGCAAGCCAUCUGUGACGCCGCCGAACCCGGUGGAGCCGACGGCCGCCUGCUGCACCGCCCUCUCGGCGGCUGACUUGCCGUGCUUGUGCUCUCAGAAGGGCUCCCCAAUGCUGUCCUUUCUUGGGAUUGAUCCUGACCUUGCCAUGGCUCUCCCAAACAAGUGUGGCCUCACCCCUCCUACCAAUUGUUAGGGUCUCAUCUUAUAACUUUUGCACUGCAAUUAUCUUGUGUGUGUGAAUUAACACCUCAUUAUGUUCUUUAAUUUCUAUCGCAUUUACCCAAAUCUGUGCUUGUUUUAAGUUACCAGUUAAGUUGUAUGAGUGAUGUCUUGUGAUAUUAUGAAAGUUUGGUUCUUUAUUUUA